AUGUCUUCGUGGUGCGGCUGCGGCCUCCGUGGCCGCAAGAAAGCCAGGUUGGAGGCGGAAGCGGCGGCGUCAAUGAUCCGCGGGAGCACCGCUCCCAUUGCCACACCUCCUCCUCCUCCUCCUCCUCCUGCUUCUCUUGCGGCCGCGGCGGUAGUCGCCGUGCCUUGCAGUGGGGUGUCGUCCCUUCUGCCGGUCGCAGAUAAAGAUACUGAUGCUGAAGACUUCAACAGUGAAGAAUGA